AUAAACUUUCGAAUGAUGAAAGAUCUCGAUGAAGUGAUAUUUUCCAUCACCCAGAACAGUGAACUCAACUUCAGUUGCUAGAAAAGACAGCUCUCUACCAUAUGAUUGUGAAUGAUUCGGUGUGAAACAGUGCAGUUGAACAGUUUUAGAAUGAUUCCGGAGCUCUUGCGUAAACGAUAUUGGAAGCAGUUCGCGGCAGUGAAUUCUGUUCAUCUUAUCACAAUCGCCUAUGGAGUUACUCUCGGAUGGACGGCUCCGAUUAUUCCGAUCCUUCAGUCCGCCCACACACCGCUCCAAUCGGGCCCAAUUACGGUGACAGAGGCUUCCUGGGUGGGCGCGUCGCUUGCCAUUGGUGGAAUGACAGGAUCGGUUGUGUUUGCCCUACUUCACAAAAAAUAUGGCAAAAAAGCGGGACUCAUUAUGCUUGCAAUUCCUCAUCUUAUUCUGUGGAGCUUACUCUGGGCGGGAGACCAUAUCUAUUACAUCUAUGUAGCCAGAGUAUUGUCUGGUCUCACCGGAGGAGGGGUUAUCACAAUCGUACCACUUUUUGUGACUGAUAUUGCAGAACGAAAGAUUCGAGGAGCACUCGGUUCGUUAACAAUUUUGCACAUAAAUAUUGGUGUUUUGGCAGCAUUCGCCAGCGGCAGCUACCUUCCGUAUUAUUUGGUACCGAAAAUUAUGCUGUGUCUCCCGAUAGCUUUCCUGGUAUUUGUUUGUUUAUUACCGGAAACGCCGUACUGUUUGCUGCGAAAAGGAAGAACUGAUGAAGCGGAACACUCUCUUAUGUUCUAUCGAAACAUAACGGAUGCUACAAAGAAAACUAUAGCAUUUGAUUGUGAAUUCGAGAACAUGAAGUCUUUCACCGAAGCGGAGACCCACGCGGAAAAGCUAACGCUGAACGACUUUAAAUCCCGAGCAGCCUUCCGAGCACUUUUCAUUUCGGUUUUUGUAAUGGCUUUGAAUCAGUUCAGCGGAAUUCUCGCUAUUCUGAUGUACGCUGGCACUAUCUUACUUGCUGCGGGUACACCGGUUGAAUCGAAAUACACACUGAUACUGCUGCCACUGAUUAACAUUUGCGGAAAUUUUACAUCCUUCGCCAUAAUCGAUAAGGCAGGACGGAAGGUAUUUUUACUGACAUCAACAAUCGGUGUGGGAGUAUCUCUCGGAAUGCUGGGAUUGCACUCAUACUACGCAGAUUCAUCUUAUGCUGAGGAUUAUUCCUGGGUACCGGUGUUGUGUAUGUGCACAACUAUGUAUACGGCAGCUCUGGGAAUCACCAAUGUACCCUUCUUCAUCAUACCAGAAAUACUCCCGGCGAAGCUUCGUAAUGUGGGCAAUACCAUAAGCUUCGUUCUACUAUGUGCGUUCGCUUUCAUCACAACGAAGGCUUUUCCGAUUCUUUUGGACACGAUUCAUAUCUACGGGACAGUUUGGAUUUCGAGUGGGGUGUGUGCAUUUGGUGCAUUAGUCAUUAUAUUUCUAAUGCCAGAAACUAAAGGCAAAAAUUUGUUUGUAGAGGAUUGUAAAGAAGGGAACAAGGAAAAAGUAAAUUGCCCCAAGGAAUAGAUAAUUUGCGAUAAUGAUCGUUGAA